GCUAGCACUAGUGACGAAUGAAAGCGAAAUCUGCGCGAAUAAACGCACAUUUAAGUGUUUGUAACGUGUACACGUAUUACUUAGUGCUAGUAGACAGCAAUGAUGAUGUUGGGCACACAAAACACUGAAACAUGCUUGUCUAACACUGUACGGAAGAUGAUCUGCGAGGUGCUGGCUACUGGCGAUGCUUACGAUGUUCUCGCGCUUGACUUGACUGUGCAAUGGAAUAAAGUGGACUUUGAUAGUGGAAGUAUAUCAUCCUCAGAGGAAUGCCUUGCAAAGCUAAGAAGAUUGUCACCUGCAAUUAACUACAUAAUGCUGCAAUACUCACAGUGUGGUGCAGAGCAAGUUAAAACAUUUCCUGCCGAACAUCUGUCGUGGACACACAGAAAACAUAUAUUCGAUUCAUGUUUCCAAUACAUGCAGUUGCAUUCCAGUAGCUGUACUGCUUCACUUGUUAUACUUCUAGUAACAGCGACACUAGAAAACAGUCUUGGCAAUGUACUGCUUAUGAAAUGCAAGCAAGUGCCCUUCCUGCUCAAGGACAUUUUGGCAACAGAGGAGCUAUCUGAUAUAUUUGGAGCUAAUGUUAUGUCGUUCCUCCAAAUAUUGAUAGGACCUCCAACAUCAACAAAUCUCCGCAACAUCUUUUGGCACGGGUUUGUUAGACCUGAAGAAGUUGACGACAGGUUUGCAUAUCUGUUGAUAUGCAUGUGUCGGAGCUUAGGGAAGAAGCUAGCGGAGCAGGGGAUCCACGCAGGAGAUAUUCCAAUGCGCAAGCUGGUAAACCUUACAGAAGCGAGUUCUAAACUUCAGAAUUUUCAGAGCGUUGCAUUUGAUGCACAUAACUUUCUUGAGCUCAUAAAGUGCAGUGAACUGGUGCUCCCAGGAAGGGUAGCAUACUUCGACGAAUGUGUGAAACUGUACAGUAAUUCUUGUUAUGCCGAAAGCCUCGUUCUCUUACUUCCUCAAGUGGAAUGCAUCCUGAGGGUACUGUUCAUUCAGGCAAACAAAUGUCCACACAGGUUGCUAACCGCAGAGACGUCUACAUUCUACACGACGCUCGAUGAGAUCCUUGCAGAAUACGUUGAGCCAAAUAAGGAAAACCAGCUGGUGCAAGCACUAGGAAGCCCUGUAUUUGAAAUGUUCUUGGAUAUGUUCACAUAUCCCGAUGGUCCCCGAAUACGUGAUCGCGUUAGCCAUGGUGAGGCAGACCUUUCAAGUAUAAAUGACUUGCUAGUCAAACACGUGCUCUGUGCCAUUGGUUCUACAUGUGCCAUGUUUCUGCCCAAAUAUCAUCAUCUUUCAAAUGAGAAGUUUAUACACGAACUCAUACAAGUAUCCAGUUCUUCUCAGCCGCAGUACCAUCCUACUUCACUACUGAAGGAAAAGGUCUCCAGCACACUUUUUCAUAUCAUGUCCUGGAAAGAAUUUCCUCAGCCAGAUGACAGACCAGCACCGCAAACAUGCAUUAAUGAUGUUGAUAGCAGGAGUGAAAGCUUUGCUGCACUUCUACGAGAGGUAUUCAGCAUGCCUGAGCAUGUGGCCAACAACAACUGGAGGGAUUCUCUCAUCUUAGUGCUUAACGACAUCAAGGUUUCGACCUUGUUUAGAGCCAGAAGUGAACUGGAAUGCAUAACAGUCCUGGGCCAGAUAACUGGAGCAGUUCAUCAAACCAGCGAGCAAAUAUGUCACGCCCUGACCCACAAGCACGACAUGUGGAAGUCUCAUCAACUGCGAUCGAGGCAAAGAGUCAACUACAGUAGACUUUUACAAAGCGUGCCCUCACUGCGGAACAUGUUGUUUCUUGCCGUGUGUAUCGUUUGCUGUUGUCUGAAGAACAUCAACCACGUACCGUUGCUUCACCGAAGUUGUUCAGAACGGCUGAUGAGGUUCCUGAAGAUGUCUCUUAAAUGUUGCGAAAAUCUGAGGACACUCACCUCCACGACAAAGAACAGAUGGGAAGAAUCAACGAAGCUGUGUAUUGACUUCGUGCACUAUGCACCUGAUGUUGUGAGGGACAUUACUUUUAAAUGUGAAUAAAAAAUGAUCCGUCUUUCAAGUUA